UAGCAGUAUCCCUGCGGCCCUCCUCGUCCCACCAGUCGUUUUUGCGCCGCAGUCACAACCCCUUCGGCUUCACGCUCCGCAGUCUGGCUCGCUGCUUCCCGCAGGUAGCGCGGUGGAGCCCUGUGUUGGGCGCAAGCCUGGCGGGGCCGCCGGCUCCGCCCUGCUUCGCCCCGCCCCGCCUGGGCAAGGGAUAAAGGCCGCCGCGGGGACAUGUCGUGUCCCUCUCAGCUAGGGCAGGAGACCGUGAAAGGCGGCGGGGCUGCCAGAGAGAGAAAUGUCAUCAGUGGAAACACAGCAGGAACAGCUGACUCAGUCAGAUCCAUCUCCAUCACCAAACUCAUGUAGUUCCUUUGAGUUAAUAGACAUGGAUGCUAGCAGUUUGUAUGAACCAGUUUCUCCUCAUUGGUUUUAUUGUAAGAUAAUAGAUUCCAAAGAGAUAUGGAUUCCUUUCAACUCUGAGGAUUCACAGCAGCUGGAGGAGGCAUAUGGCUCUGGAAAAGACUGUAAUGGGAGAGUUGUCCCCACUGAUGGGGGCAGGUAUGAUGUUCACCUGGGGGAGAGGAUGCGGUAUGCUGUUUACUGGGAUGAGCUAGCAUCAGAAGUGAGACGAUGUACCUGGUUUUACAAGGGAGACAAAGAUAAUAAGUAUGUUCCCUACUCAGAGAGCUUCAGCCAAGUAUUAGAGGAAACUUACCGGCUUGCUGUAACGCUGGAUGAAUGGAAAAAGAAACUGGAGUCUCCCAACAGAGAAAUUAUUAUACUACACAAUCCAAAGCUUAUGGUACAUUACCAACCAGUUGCAGGGUCUGAUGAAUGGGGUUCAACACCCACUGAGCAGGGUCGACCAAGAACAGUAAAAAGAGGGGUUGAGAACAUCUCUGUUGACAUUCAUUGUGGAGAACCUUUACAAAUAGACCACUUGGUUUUUGUAGUUCAUGGGAUUGGACCAGCUUGUGAUCUCCGUUUUCGAAGCAUUGUACAGUGUGUUAAUGAUUUUCGCAAUGUUUCCUUGAACCUGCUACAAACGCAUUUUAAGAAAGCCCAAGAAAAUCAGCAGAUUGGGAGGGUAGAAUUUCUUCCAGUCAACUGGCACAGCCCUUUGCAUUCUACUGGUGUGGAUGUAGAUCUGCAGCGAAUAACUCUGCCCAGCAUUAAUCGCCUCAGGCACUUCACCAACGACACAAUUCUGGAUGUCUUCUUCUACAAUAGCCCCACUUACUGUCAGACUAUUGUGGACACAGUUGCUUCUGAAAUGAACCGAAUAUAUACACUUUUUCUGCAGAGAAACCCCGAUUUCAAAGGGGGUGUAUCCAUUGCUGGCCAUAGUUUAGGUUCGCUUAUAUUGUUUGAUAUUCUAACAAAUCAGAAAGAUUCUUUGGGGAAUAUUGACAGUGAAAAGGAUUUGCCAAAUAUGGAUCAAGGAGACACACCGACACUAGAGGAAGAUCUGAAGAAACUUCAACUCUCUGAAUUCUUUAGUAUAUUUGAGAAGGAGAAAGUAGAUAAGGAAGCUCUGGCUUUAUGUACAGACAAAGAUCUUCAGGAAAUGGGAAUUCCCUUAGGACCAAGAAAGAAGAUAUUAAAUUACUUUAGGACCAGAGAAAAUUCAAUGGGUAUUAAUAGACCAACUCUGCAAUCAGCUUCAGGGGUGAAUAUGUCUAAUAUCCCCGAAGAAUCGGAGUUAUGCAGUAGUGCUAAUGGCACUGGGAAUGACUAUCUGGAUGUUGGCAUUGGACAGGUGUCUGUAAAAUACCCCCGGCUUAUCUAUAAACCAGAAAUAUUCUUUGCCUUUGGGUCUCCCAUUGGAAUGUUCCUUACUGUUCGAGGACUAAAAAGAAUUGAUCCCAACUACAAAUUUCCAACAUGCAAAGGUUUCUUCAAUAUUUAUCACCCUUUUGAUCCUGUGGCUUAUAGAAUUGAACCAAUGGUGGUCCCAGGAGUGGAAUUUGAGCCAAUGCUAAUCCCACAUCAUAAAGGCAGGAAGCGGAUGCACUUAGAACUGAGAGAGGGCUUGACCAGGAUGAGCAUGGACCUUAAGAACAACUUGCUAGGUUCACUGCGGAUGGCCUGGAAGUCUUUCACCAGAGCUCCAUAUCCUGCCUUACAAGCUUCAGAAACUGUAGAAGAAACUGAAGCAGAACCUGAAUCAGGUUCAGAGAAGCCUAGUGAUGUUAACACGGAAGAGACCUCUGCUGCUGUUAGAGAAGAAGUUCCCCCCAUCAAUGUGGGAAUGCUUAAUGGAGGUCAACGCAUUGACUACGUGCUACAGGAGAAGCCCAUUGAGAGUUUCAAUGAGUAUUUAUUUGCUUUACAAAGCCAUUUGUGCUACUGGGAGUCCGAAGAUACAGUAUUGCUGGUCCUCAAAGAAAUCUACCAAACCCAGGGUGUCUUCCUUGAUCAGCCUUUACAAUAAAACUGAGUCAUCAGUGGUUGUUUAAUAUGGACAUUGUGGGAUCCCUGUCCAGAAAACCUGUUUGUUGCUGCAGUUUUUCUCUCCUCAGCUGCAUCAUUUCUUGCAUGUUGCCUUCCACUUACUCACCAUUUGGGGCUUUGGAAGAUAAUCUUCCGUUUUGGAAGUGAGUGGAAAAACAAAGGGAAAACACCCUGUUACUUUUUAACCACUGGCUUCAUAUAUAUCCUCACCAUUCUCUCUUCAUAGUUUGUAUCCUUAAUUCUUUGAUGAGAGUAUAUAGGUGCCACACUUUAUUGCUUAUUAUGUCAGAUUGGCAUUGUCUGUUUUCAGUUUUAUUUGGGUUGGUAGAAAUUUUUUUUAGGAAAUAUUGUAGAUUGGAAGCGGACUAUUAGAAGCAGGCACUUGGGGUAUACUCAUCUCAAAUUAGUGUUCUCUGCAUUUGAAAGCUAAGUCUUAAGUGGAAAUGGAAAAAACUGUUGAGCAGUCAUUCUUUUGAGCCCUCUUGUCUUUUUUACAAAUCCUGUAUGAAGAAAGACUAAAAUGUAGCUUAAAGAAAGUAUUGUUUACUUUCUCUACAGCUGACUGACAGGUUUAUUGCUAGGAAUCACUAAUGCUAUGAUCUUCAUUAUUUUUACAGCUGUUUGAGCUCACCUGAGAGUAUAAAGUGGACAAUUUAGUUCACGUUAGGUGCAUCUUUAUAAAGCAAAGAUGUUAUAUAUCUAGAUGAAGUCUGACUUACUUGAUAGUAGCUAAUGUUCUUAAGUUGAGAGGAAAGCUUUUUUAAAGACUGGCAAACCUGAAAUUAUAUAGCCUUGAAUAAAUAAAACCACUUAGGGGUACAUUUAUGGUGAAACAGAAUUGCGUAAGUCACCUGCGAUAUCAACUUGGCUGAAGGUAGUAUUGUGUGUCCUCUUUAAAACCACUUUGUAAACGUCACUGCCUUAGGUAUCUGUAAACCAGAAUGCUUACUUAAAUGCUUAUGGCACAGGAGUGUUGGUUGAGCAGGUGGGUUGGCUAGGAGGGAAAGUGUCUUAUUCUAAAAGAAAAACUUAUGCCUAUACAGCCAAGGAACAGCCACUGCAGUGAGUGUCAGAACAUGCAAAAUGAGAUGUACCUGGAAGAAAACGGGUCAAUGUAGACUAAUUUUUCCCAAGGCAUCUGCUCACCACUGUGCUGUAUUUUCUUUCUCAUUGGUCAGAGUUUGUCAUUGUCUUUGCAGUUUUCUUUGAGAUACACUCCCCUCAGAUUUCCACAGGCACUGUGGCAUAGGCAGGAAAGCUGUGGGGUGUAUGUGUGUGUUUAAUGUAUCAUGGUAUCAAAAGCACUGACGUUAACGUUCACUUAAGCCAUCCCUUUGAGCAGUGGUCUUUAUCUCUUUCUGGAGAGAAAAGGUAAAGGAGGCAGACGUAAGGUUGGGAUACAGGUCACAGCCUGGCCUUUCUUUGCCCAUCUGCUUAUAGGCUAAUGUUGACUAAAUCACUAAGUAGUUUCAGAUAAAUUGAAUACUUUAUUUUCUUUAUAUGUAAAUUCUGAGUUUGAAAUAACGGUGAUUGAGAAUUAAGUAGCAUUCAGUAUAUAUUACAUGGAAGCUUUUUGCUCUAGCAGAAUUGGUACUAUUUAGGAAUAAACCAAAGGAAAAGCAAAAGUGAGUUUUUAUAACCAAAGAUGAACAGUAUAACUCUGAAUAGCUAGAUAAAGCAAUGCUUGUACUAAGAAGUGUUUCUUGGUGGUGAGGGGCAGGUAACUGUAAAAGAACUUUAUAUCUUGUCUGUCCACCUGUGGUAUUUAUCAUGGUUGUAUAUCACACAGGGUAAUAAGCUUGACUUUUUUUCCCCCUCUGGAAACUGAAAUAUUUAUUCAUGUAAUUGUAUAGCUUUAUUAAAAGUAACAAAGGCAAAUGACUUAGUUACAAAGUCUUAAGUACCCUAGGAUCUACCAAUUUCAAUGUCUGAAUAAGGAAAGCUGAAGUGGGUAGCAAAACGGUCUCUUAGUUUCACUUUCCUUCCUUAGUCGCUGAAUCAAUAUGUAUUCUAAUAUACAAAGAUAUGCUGAGUCAGUAAAGGCUAAUUGUUUCAAAGGACUACAUAUCAUGAAACCAGUCAUCUCUGUCCUGGCUGUAAUUAAGCAAAGAAGUCACCAUAUUUACAUUUUAAUUUACUAGCAUCUUAUGGGACAUAUUUCAUUAAAAAUAAAAAGCAAUUAUUCUAAAAGUGAAGAAACACCUAGGAGAAAAUACCAAUGAGCAUUCUCAUCAUGAUGCAUUGUAAUAAGGCAAUGGAUGUCUUUCUGGCUGGAAAUAACAAAACAUUUUAAAAUGAUGACCAAAUGGAUGUCAAAUGACACCUAAUGUAGCAAGUUUCACUCGAUUUGGAGGACUUCUGGGUUGGUGAGCAGGUAGAGGUACAGGGAGAGGGGUAUGCCAGGAGAGGGCCUGGAAGCUCCACAUUCUUUUCCCAUACGUUGUCUUAUGCAUCUCUCCCAUGUGGCAGGCUGUUCCUGCAUUCAACUAUCGACAUAAAAACAUCCAACCCUGCCUCUCUCAUUCUUUGCACAUCCACUCUGUUAAUCAGUAAGCCCUUAGGAUAGUUAGGUUCUGGUCAGCAUCAAACAAAGCCUCGGGUCUUAACAACAUAAUCAUUUUUCCUUUUUAUUUUUUUUUUGCAACUUCCACAAAUCUUCAGAAAGAUCAGAUUUCUUUAUUUCUUGUUCAGCGAACAGCCAGAUGAAGAAAGUUCAUAGGGUGAUGUUUUGGAGUUUUGGAGCCCUGGUAUGUUGACAUGUAAAAGGAUCCUGAUUCCUCAACCUGGAAGCUCCAAUAAGCUUGAUUUAAAUCCUUUAUUUACUUGUAUACACUUUAAAAAUCAUUUUUCAUUUUUCAAUUACACCUGAAAUACAAUAUAAUAUUAGUUUCAGGUGUACAACCCAGUGACUAGACACUCCAUAACUAAAUGACCAUCCCAAUAAGCCUCGUACCCAUCUGACACCACACAUAGUUAUUAGAAUAGUAUUUACUAUUCCCUAUGCUGUACUUUACAUCCAUCCCCAUGGCUGUUCUGUAGCAACCAAUUUGUACUUCUUAAUCCCUUCAUCUUUUUCACCCAGCCCCUAAACCCCUUCCUAUCUGGCAGCUAUCAAAAUAUUCUCUGUAUCUAUGAGUCUGUUUCUGUCUUGCUUAUUUAUUUUGUUUUUUAGAUUCAAUCGAUGAUAGACAUGUAUUUAUUGCCAUUUUAUUCAUAUUUUUGAUCUUCUUAAAGAAGGCCCUUUAACAUUUCAUAUAAUACUGGUUUGGUGGUGAUAAACUCCUUUAGCUUUUUCUUGUCUGGGAAGCUCUUUAUCUGUUCUUUGAUUCUAAAUGAUAGCUUUGCUGGGUAGACUAAUCUUGGUUGUAGGUCCUUGCUUGUCAUCACUUUGACUGUUUCUUGCCAAUCCCUUCUCGCCUGAAAAGUUUGAGAAAUCAGCUGACAGUCUUAUGGGGGCUCCCUUGUAGGUAACUAAGUGCUUUUCUCUUGCUGCUUUUAAGAUUUUGUCUUUAAUCUUUUGCAUUUUGAUUAUGAUGUGUCUUGGUGUGGGUCUCUUUGGGUUCAUCCUGUUUGGGAUUCUCUAUGCUUUUUGGAGUUGUGUGUAUAGUUCUUUCACCAGAUUAGGGAAGUUUUCCGUCAUCAUUUUUUCAACUAGGUUUUCAAUUUCUUGCUCUCUCUUCUCCUGUCACCCUUAUGAAUUGAAUGUUGGUAUGCUUGAAGUUGUCCCAGAGGCUCCUGACACCACCCUCAUUUUUAAAAUUUCUUAUUUUUGCUGUUUUGAUUGGGUGUUUUUUGCUUCCUUAUAUUCAAAAUUGCUGAUCUGAUUCUCAGCUUCAUCUGCUCUACUGUUGAUUCCCUGUAAAUUAGUCUUUAUUUUAGUUAGUGUAUUCUUCAUUUCUGACUAGUUCUUUUUUAUGGUUUCCAUGUCCUUUUUUAUGCUGUUGAAGCUCUCAUUAAGUUCAUCUACUCUUUCCCUAAGUUUAUUGAGCAUCCUUAUAACUAGUGUUUUGAAUUUUGCAUCCAGUAGAUUGCUUGUCUCCAUUUUUAGUUUUUGGGGGUCUUUUUUUGGAGUUGUGAUCUGUUCUUUCAUUUGGGCCAUGUUUGUCUCCUCAUUUUGGUAGCUUCCUUGUUUUGUUUCUAUGUAUCAGGUAGAGCUGCUAUGUCUCCUGGGUUUGGUAGAGUGGCCUACUGCAGGGGUGUCCUGUAGGGCCCAGGAGCAUGGCCUCCCGGUUCACCUGAGCUGGGCACUCCAGGUGUUUCCCCCUGUGUGGGCUGUGUAUACCCUCCUGUUGUAGUUAAGUCUUGAUUUCUCUUGGCACAUCAAUGGGAGGGACUUUAGUUUAUAUUAUUUGCACUAUUUUAGUUUUAUCAUGUGCAAUUUCUUGACCAAGCCUACCUUUAAACUUUGGUAGAGUAUCAUUUUAUACAUAUUCCAAACUCCAGAACUGGUAUUGCCUAUCUCAGCAAAAGAGAUUGUUUGCAUGGAAACAUUAAUAGCAGUGAUUUGCUUUCUAAUAAUCUGCACUUUUUGAAAUGUCUGUUUUUUUACAUGAUAUUUAAAACUCUAGUAAAUACUGAAAUAAAACCAUAUGACCCAUUGCCUACCGUUAACUGGUUCAUUCAUCAUAAAGAAUAUCAGUACAAUAACCAUUUUCUCUUUCCCUAUGGAUUAAUAAACAAAUUAAUAAAAGUUGUGGGCAAAGAACUAAUAUUUAAGUCCCUUUACUGGUGUUUUCAUCGUCAUAGGCAGAUAGAGGUAGUUCAGAAUUAAAAAAA